AUGGAAAAUAGAACAUUGCCAUUUAAUAAAUAUCAACAAACUAAUAAGCGCCUAUGUUGCAAUACAAAUGGAGGAAAACAAUAUUUUUUUGCAAAUGAGCCCAAUGGAAAUAAGAAUGAUGAUAUUUUUUCAGAUAGCCUCAAAGUUGCAGAGGAGAUAAAAAAAAAAAUAAUAUAUGAACAGUUUGAUGCAAUUCUUUUUCUCUAUUCCAAAAUAUUAAAAGAAAAUAAAAGAAAAAAAUCCGCAUCCAAAGAAAUAGAUGAAAAAGUUGAAGAGGCAAUUAAUACAACCCUUGAAAUAUAUUCAUUAAUUGAAAGUAAUGAUGAGCAGACAAAAAAAAUAUAUUUAAAAAAAAUAUUUUCUAUUUGUGAUAUAAUAUAUAAUUUAUUAGUUGAAUAUACUAAGAACUAUAAUAGUAAACAACUAAAGGAAAAAAUAACAAAUCAUGAAUCUGAGAAAAAAGAAAAACCUUUAAAGGAUAGUUGCAAAGACGAGAGUGACCAUAUUAUUUCUAAAGAUUUGAAACAAAUUCCAGAAGAAAACAAAGCCCAAAACAGAACAGAAACAACCAAAGGCAAUAAAAAUUUGAAAAAUCGGAAAGAUGAUUCUAUAAAUAAUAUUAAAGAAGAUGAUAAGGCGAGUGGGAUAAAAGAAAUAAAAAGAAUAGUUCCAUCUUUUCGUAAUAAUAUAAAAAAAAAAGAAAAAAAAGAAUAUUUAUAUAAGGAGUUUUCACAAACCAACAAUUUAUUAUGUUUAUAUGGUGCAAGCGAAUUAAACGAAAAAAAAAUUUAUGAUCCUUAUAAAAAAAUGAAAAGAUUUAAAUUUUACAAAAACAUCGAUAAAAAUUUAAGAGUAAAUAAAAGAGAUGAACUAAUUGAAAGGUUUGAAAAAAUUAUGAAAAGUAGUGAAAAAAUUAAAGUUUACCAAUCUGAGAAAAAAAUAAAAAAAACUACUGAUUUAAAAAAAUUAUUAUUAAAAAGUAGAAAGAGUAUUACCAAGUUUGAAUUAGACAAAAACGGAAAUAUAAAAACCGUUACUGAACUUUUUCAAAAAUAUGAAGAAAAAAAAAAAAAUAUUAUAACUCUUGAUGGAUAUAACGACAAUUUUAUAAAAAUUAAAGAAUUAUCAAACUUAAAAGAUGAAUUAAAAAAAGGGAAAAAAAUAUUAUCUGAAAAAAAAAAUCCUGUCUUAUAUUCUGAACAAUGUGGAACUUCAAAUAUGCAACAAAAUAAAACUAAAUGUUCAAUUUUCAACACUAAUUUAUUUAUAGAUGUAAAUAAAGAAUUUAAAAUAAUUGAAAGUACUACUCAAGAUAGUAGUGGAAAUGGAAAUUAUAUUUUCCCAGAAAAAAAAAUUAAAUCAAAAACGAACUCAAUGAUUCAGUGUCAUAAUAAUUAUAAACAUAUAGACAAAAAAAACAGAAGUAAUAAAAGAAAAAAUUGGGAUAAAUACAUAGCACAUAUAAAUUUUUAUAUGCAAAAUAUGAAUGGAAUUAGAUUUGUUAAUUAUUAUGAUGAUGAUGAAAUAAUUAAGCAUAUACUCAAAGAAAAUGAACAAAAAAAAAAUAAGACUAAAUUGGAUAUCUUAGAUAAUAAAAUAUUACAACAUAAUCAUGUAUCUUUACAUAAAUAUGGUGGUGGGUUAUAUGAGUAUACAAACAAAAUUAAAUUAAAUAAUUCAAAAAAAAGAAACAUGGAUAUUUAUUCAGAAUUAUUCAUGAACAAAUAUGAAAUAUUAAGCAAGAUAUAUAAUUUGAAUCAAAAUAAAAAAGAUGAAAUAGUAAAAUUGAACGAAAAAAAAAAUCCAAAAGAAAUCAAUGCAUUGAAAAAUGAUGAAAAUAAACAAAUGAAUAAUAUAAAAAAAUUAAGAAAAAAUUAUGACAAAAAUAAAUUGUAUCAGAAAAAUUGUGAAUAUGGGAAAAACACAAUUUCUAGUAUUUUCCUAUCAAACUGUUUUGAGAAAAAAAGAGAAAUUUCGAAAAAAGAUAAAAAAUCGAAAGCCAUGUCAGUACCUAAAAAAACAACAAAGAAAAAAGCAGCACCAAUUUUGGAAAAAAAAAAAUAUCAACUGUCUCAGCAAUUUAAGUUAGAAUCUGAAAUUAAAUAUGAAAAUGAUAAAGUUAGCGACCCUAAUCAAUUAGAAUCAAAAAUAAAAUUUCAAAAUGAUAAUACUGUUGAAAUAAAAGAAAAAGAAGAAAAGAUAAAUUGUGAAAAUGAUAAAGUUAGCGACCCUAAUCAAUUAGAAUCAAAAAUAAAAUUUCAAAAUGAUAAUACUGUUGAAAUAAAAGAAAAAGAAGAAAAAAUAAAUUGUGAGCAGAUGCAUUUAAUGGAUAAAGAAAAUAGAACCUAUUCAAUAGUAAAAAUAGCAUCUAUAAUUAGUAAAAUAAGUAAAUUAAAAAGAUCAAUUUAUAAUAAGAAAGAAUCAAAUGAAAAUAAAACAAAUACAAAGAUUGAAGGUUUUAUUUUUAAUGAAAAUUUAAAAGAUAUAACAAUUAAAUCGUACAAUAUAAAUAAUAAGAGUUCUAAAGAUUGCAUAAAAUAUAUUUCAGAUCGGGUAAAUGAUAAUAAAAUUAAAGAUGGGGAUACUGAAGAAAAACAAAUCGAUUUAAUCUUAUCAAAAAAAGGAAUAUACCAAACCAAUAAAGAAGGGGAAAAAAAUGACCAAGUUAUAAAAAAGAACACAAAUUCAUUAUCGAGUAGUUUAUGUAAUGAUGUUAAUAAAAAUGAUUCAAUGGAUUUAAAUGAUUUUAUGAAAAAAAAAAAUUCAAAUAAAGAAGAUAACAUUGAUGAUUAUCUUGGUGGUAUGGAAACAAUUUCGAGGAAUAUACAAAUUGAAAAUGAUAAAAACGACAAAGAAGAAACCAUAAACAAUUAUCUAAAAACUGGAUUUUUUGCGAAUGUUCACAUAAUGCUGUCAGACACAAAUAUCAUUACCAGGAAAUGCAAACUAUUUUAUGAUAACAAAACAAAAAAAUUAGGAAUAAUGAGAAAUAAAAAAUUAUUUAAAAUUGAUGUAAGUAAAUUAAUGAUACAAGAAAUUCCCAGUUUGGAACCUGAUUUAGCAAUAAUCAAAAUAAUAGUUCCUCAAAAUAAUUGUAAAUUGUUAAUUGUAGAAUCCAGUGAUUUUUUUGGGUUACAAGCACUUGGAGAUAAAAUUGGAUGGAGCCCUGAUAUUAAUGGCGAUAGUGCACUAGAAAUUACAAGGGUAAUAAGCACAAAAUAUCGAGAAGAUAAUACGAAAGGGAUAGAUUACAAAUUAAAUAGUUUCAAUAAUAAAAUUUAG